UUAACCGCUUUGGAUUUAUCCCUUAACAUAUAUAAUCAUAUUAUCGAUGUGAUAUUCACGUUUAAUUUAUCCAUCUCUAGUGUUCUUAUGAUUACUUUGAAUGUUCUUCACCUUAUUGCUAAGAUGUUACAUGGUCCGGAGAAUAUAUGACAUUGUAUGCUGUGUGGGUCCAAUCUGUGCAAUCAUCUGUCCGAAUUGAGUGUCAUGAAUGUGUUUCUUGUGAUUGAUUUGUUGUGAUAUCUCAAGUCAGUUAUCACUUGGGAGAUUUGAUAGACAUUGACCAGAAACUAUUAUGGCUGUAGCAUGUGGUAUUCAUCUAUAUUUGCGUUUCCAUACUGUUGUUGAACCAUCCAAUUAUGGUAAGGACAUCCUUUUUUCGUCUUGACAAUGGUUACAAGCCUGGGACCGACCAAGGAAACAAAGGCUGACAACUAGGCCUGCAAGAUAAAGCACCUAAGAAUCGGGAUCGAAACAUACCAAUUACCAAAUCCACCUAUCUUCGCUGGCAUAACCCUAAAAUAGAUCAUUACCAACUGAGGCUUCCAAGCCAACUUGAUUAGCUUGCGAAGGAUGAAUGAGACCACAUGGAAAUGUGAACGUUUCUCUUCAUUCAAGAUUCAUUUUCCUUAAACAUUGACGGUGUUUAUUUAUAAUAUUAGAGAGAGGUCUUCAAGUCCAGGAGGAUGGGACAUUUGCUAAUUGCAUACUAAGAAUAAUAUGUGAUGAAUGCAACAUCAAUGAGAUCGGAGCGUCUGUUAAAACUUUGCUUAGUUAAUUCUAUGAAGAGUUUCUGUGCUAUUCAUUGUUCAAAUGUAUGUAAUGAAUUAAGGUGCACUGAGGAGAAUGUCUCUAUUCGAAGUGACUGACUGGGCUUUAUUUUAAGCCUUCUGGUUACAAUAUUUUUUGACUUCUAGUGAUGAAAAAUUAAUUUUGUGUUGUUUAUGUGACUAUUAUUAUCAUUCGUGAGACGAAAAUAGAACAAAAUUUAAUAGCUUCACUUCUUAAAUGACAUAGUUUUUCCUUUUUCCAUCUUUUUUCACAUUACACCAUCUUCAAUGGGGGACUGCUAGAUCACAAAAUUACUUAGAAGUUGUACUGUGUGACAAUUGCUUGCAUUUAUCUACUUCAUACUUUUAUAGGAGUCUAUUUUCAGUAUUAUUUUGAUCACAAUGACAAACAAAGACCGAUUCUCAACAUUUAGCAUAUGUCUGGAUAAGUGUUUCUAGGCGUUUAAACACCUUGAUCAAAUAAUACUUUUGGUUAAACCACUUUUUAUCCACACAUUUAGUAGGACCACAAGUAUGGACCACUUCUCCAUUUACCCCUGGUUAUAAUAAUAACUCUAAGAUGAAAUUAAAGUUUUCCUGAAAAUUAUAACAUAAACAUUUGGUACUUCUGACAGUUGUAGAUAUGUGUCUUUGCAAUUUUUUUACUUAGUUCACAUUGUGACUGUUGAACCUCUUUGUGUUUUUUAGUGGAAAUCAUAUUGCUAUAACAUUUGGUGGAUAAAUCAUAUCUUUUACAUACAGAAUAUCAGAUAUACAUGGCUUUGUAGAAGUGUCUUGGACAUGUGGCUUCGUAGUGAAAUUGUGUACAUUCUAACUCUGUGAUACCAAUAUGUUAUCUUAAGAUGUUUAUAUGGACACUUGCAAAUAAAUUGUUAGAUAGAUCAUGUCUGCACUGAGAUUAGUUAGAUCUCCGGGGACAGACUUUUUCCCUGUAAAAUUCUGCAACUAAUCAGGAAUGCUGACAUUCCCCUUAUCGUGUGAAAUUUAUGUAGUUCAUUUGUACUAGUAGUGUGUUGUGAUACCUUAAUAAAUAGUUCUUUGCUGGUUUUAGUUUAAAAGAACAGGGAUGGAGAUAUAGCAAGGGGAGAACAUAGUGCAAAUUAAAGACUCCUUCCAGAUUAAUAGCUGUAAUAGACGUAACAAAGAAUGCAUUUGAUAGACAUUCUGACAUUUGUGUUGUAAAUUCUACGAUUUGACUAUAAUUUAUCUGCAGUUUAAAAGCAAAACUUUUCUGAAUUCUUUGUAGAACUUUUGGUUUCUAAUGCUUGCUUGAUAAGCAGGUACCUUAAAGCUUUCACCUUUCUGGAGGACUGGAUUGAAAUCUUAGAUAGCUAGUUUUCCCUGCACUUGGGUUCGUAAGAAAGCAGCCACUUUAGGGUCGUGGAAGUUACUACCUUUUGUGCAACUGAAACUGCCCUUCGAGAUUCUUCUGGGGACCUCUUCCCUCAGAUAUUUUUUUCCUCAUUUGGGGAAAGAAGUGCAGUUUGAUUGUUUGGGUGUUUAGUUCUUAUCAAUUUUGUUAGUUUGUCUAUAUACAUCAAUAAAUAUGGUCUGUUAGCGCGUUGUUAAAAAGAUUGAAUAAUGGCGCAUUACACAGAAGAGGAACAAACCGAGGAUUACCUUUUCAAGAUUGUUUUAAUUGGUGAUUCAGCUGUAGGUAAAUCGAACUUACUGGCUAGAUUUGCAAGAGAUGAGUUUUACCCUAAUUCAAAAUCAACUAUUGGGGUAGAGUUUCAGACCCAGAAGAUGGAAAUUAAUGGGAAGGAAGUCAAGGCUCAGAUUUGGGACACAGCUGGUCAGGAGCGGUUCAGGGCUGUUACAUCUGCAUAUUACAGAGGUGCAGUUGGAGCUCUUCUGGUCUACGACAUCAGUCGACGCCAGACCUUUGAUAGCAUUGGCAGAUGGCUUAAUGAACUUCACAGUAAGCAACCCGACAUUCAAACAUUUCACAUAAUUUUUAUUUAUGCGCCUUUUCUUUUUCCGUUGAAAAUACAAUAGAACCUUUCACCAGGUACUCAUUACAAUCAUUAUCAGCACGACAUUCACCACCCU